AUGGUUGUAAGUUCAUUUGGUCAAUUAUUUCAAAGUUAUUGCACAAUAUUGCUCAUUUUAUAUCAAUUACCUCAUUUCACUAACUGGUCGUUGCUAAAAAAUGUAAAAUUUAAAUUUCGUAAUGGGAAUGAAAGAUGAGAGGCUAAGAUGAGGAAUAAAGAAAUCAUUCUUGAGAUCCUGUCAAAUACAUUUUUUUCAUGAAAAAAAUGCGAAAAUCCAGCAUUUCCUUUCAAGGUUUCAGGGCCUAUUUCUUGAAAAAUUUGAUGAUUCCUUGAAUUUUUUUAAUAAGGUACCGGUGAAUUGGACUUUUAAGAAAAAUUGAAAUAUAAAAAUUUUUUUCUACUUAUAAGAAUUUUUAAUAAAUAUAUGUGAACAUACAAUCCAAAAAAUUUUUUUAAUUGCUAUUUUUUUCAUUAGGAUUUUCCGAAAAACCUCUGAGGAAUGUCACUAAAUAACAUAUAAAAAAAUAUAAGUAAACGAUAAAAAAACGAAAUUUUUUUAGGUUAACAACGCCAAGGAAAUCUCCCCAGACGCGCUCGUCUCAAAAUAUUCGGAUAUUGAUCCAUUCCUGAUCCGCAAAUGGGAGCACAUUUUCACCAUGUUCUUCGGUAAAUCUUACAGCUUUUCGAAAUGAUAAUAGAAGAUCCUGAUGUCAUUGAAUUCCAUCAAUUUUUUGAUGGAAAAAUCUCAUGAAAUUAAGGAAAUUAUAAAAAAAUUCUUCAGAUCGCAACGCCUCGCACCAGGUCGAUUGGGGAGACUUCUACCUCGUCACCAAGGUAAUUUCAAGUUUUUCAAGGUUCUGAGUAAAAUUGAGGAAAAAUUUAAGGCUAAUAUUUAGACCAUCGUAUCCCUGGAGAUUCAAGAAUCAUAUAAAUCGAAAAAAAAAAAUCAUAAAGAGAUCUAAAGGCCUUACAAGUUCAAUCAAACGCGCUCCAUUGACGAAACUUUGAAAUUUAUAAUUUUAGAGUUUUUUUUUUCAGAAAGUCAGAGACAUCUACGGAGCCGAGUCGGUCCAAACCGAAUUCGCCAAACAAUCGUUGUCGGCCCUUUGGGAAGGUCUUUGCAAGCUUGCUGAUAGUGAUAAGGUGAGAUAAAAUAACUUAAAAAGAUUGAAAAAUGAUAAGAAAUCUGACCAAAAGAAUGUCAGGGACAGACUUUUUGCUUGAGAUUAAAAAAUCGUCUGAACCUCCGCUUUUGCACACUAUUUCUCUGAUCCUGUAGGAAAUCUUCUGAAGGCAACGGUGAAUGAUCUACAGCCCCUUCCAUCAUUAAAAUAAGGCUCUCAAAAAAAAAAUUACCAAGGCUUAAAUUCAAACUUUUCCUGUCAUUUCACUCAUUUCUCUGUCAAUCGCUUCAAGACCCUUUUCUUAGGAGACUUCCUAAUUUCGACAUGAAUAACCAAUUUUUAGGACCAACUCAUCUCAAUCGACGAAUGGAUCGGCCUCCUGGCAAAGUUUGUCCACAAAACGGAGCCCAAGUGGUUCAAGGACUACCAGAACUACAUGUUCAAGCUCUUCGACGUUUCUUGUGAGUUUUCGUUUAUAAUCAGAGUAUGAAAAAAGAAAUUAAGGCGACGGAGUGAUGGAUCUGGCCGAGUACACCGACGGGAUGAACACCUACGGAUACAGUUCGCAUGAAUGCGAGGAAGCUUUUAAGAAGUUUUCCGUGGUUGGUUUUUUGAUUAUAAAGUUUUUAAGAAGAAAUAAGUCGAAAGGCUUGAAAAGCUACAGUGAAACUUCAAAUAGGGCUCCAAAAUGUUUCAUUAUUCCUUCCAGCUAUACUCUUUCCACUAUAACUUUGUUCAUUCUCAACCGAUUCUCAAAUUUCAAACUCAAAAUUAAACCCGAAGAUUACCUCUAUCCAAUGAUAAAUGAUUUAUGAGAAAAUUCCCAGGACAAGAAAGGCAAUUACACGCCGACGAUCACGCCGGAAACCUGGAACACCUACUUCCAUCAACUGUUCUACUCGACCAACAAGAACGACCUGGGAAAUCAUCUCUUUGGCGUCCUUCACUUUUAA